UACAUUGUUUCAACCCGGCUUCAAUCAGGGCCGUUCAUCAUCUUCAUUUUCGCGUCGUUGCCCCUUUGGCUCUGCUUGAAACCUAAACUCCUUUCUCUCUCUCUCUCUAGUUCGCCGGCGACCAUGCUCUCCGGCGAUAUCCCUCCCAACCAGACGAUCUAUAUAAAGAAUCUCAACGAGAAGGUCAAGAAGGAAGAAUUGAAGAGAUCCCUCUAUGCGCUCUUCUCUCAGUAUGGAAGGAUUUUGGAUGUCGUGGCUCUCAAAACAACAAAGCUCCGUGGCCAGGCAUGGGUUGUUUUUAGUGAAGUGACGGCUGCUAGCACUGCUGUGCGGCAGAUGCAAAGCUUCCCCUUCUAUGACAAACCAUUGAGGAUUCAAUAUGCUAAGACAAAAUCAGACUGUGUUGCGAAAGCGGAUGGUUCAUUUGUUCCAAGGGAGAAGAAGAAAAGGAAAGAAGAGAAAGCUGCUGAGAAAAGAAGAAAGGCCGAGGAAACACAACAAUCAGGUGUUGCUUCUAAUGGUCAAAGCUUCCAAAGCAAUGGUGGACCAUCUGUUUCACAAACAUCAAAUCAAGGAAAGCCACAGGAAGCUGCCACACCCAACAACAUCCUUUUCAUCCAGAACUUGCCCUUUGAAACAACAAGUGCCAUGCUACAAAUUCUUUUCCGAGAAUAUCCAGGCUUCAAGGAAGUUCGCAUGAUAGAAGCAAAGCCGGGCAUUGCCUUUGUUGAGUUUGAGGAUGAUAUGCAGUCAUCCAUUGCCAUGCAGUCCCUUCAGGGCUUCAAGAUCACUCCUCAGUACCCAAUGGCUAUCACCUACGCAAAGAAAUGAUCACUUUGUUUAGAAAUCCUUGUUACAUUGUUCUGCAAUUUUUUAAAGAGUAAUCAUCAACUGUGCAACCAUAUUUUUCUACCACCCAGACCAUUGUAAGUUCUCAACUGAUGCUUUUAUAUCCCUUAGUUUACAGUAACCUUUUGGAGCUUGCUGGAUAUAUUUAGUGUGACGCCGUGGCUGUGGCCGCAGGUCAGGAAUUCAGUCAUAUAUCUUGCUUACCUCUCCUGUUCUCGAACAAGCUUAUUGAUGCUCAGUAAAUGUUGAUCAAUUUAAUGCUUA